AUGACCACCCCAUGUUGGCAGGCGAGCCACCUGCUCAUUAAGCACAGCGGCAGCCGCAACCCUGUGUCCCGCCGCACCGGGAUGCCCACCACCUUAUCUUACGACGAAGCCGCCGCAGAGCUGCAGCAGUGGCGUCAAUCCAUCGAAGAUGGCAAAAUGACCUUUGAGGAUGCCGCUCGUCAGCGCAGCGACUGCGGCAGCUACGUCCGCGGCGGUGACCUUGGCGUCUUUGGUCCUGGGGAGAUGAUGAAACCCUUUGAGGAUGCCACGAAGGGGCUGGAGGUGGGGCAGAUGAGCGGCCUUGUUGCGACGGAUAGCGGCGUGCACCUCAUCAAGAGGAUUGCGUGA